GUAUAAGAAUGAGAGAGAAAGAGAGGAUUGAGGAAAUGGAUGGAGAGAGGAGCAAUGAGAAAUCGUAGGAGGAGGACAUGUAGAUGGAUUCUUGUGGUUGGAUUUGAACAAGAGGUAAUUGGAAGACCGUUAAUUUCGAUAACCAACCAACCAACCAACCAAAUACACGCCUGUAUAACUGAUAUAUAAAGGCCCUGCCUGAGGGUGAAUAAACAGCACACAUCCAAUCCAAGCUCUCUUGCCAGAAGAAGAAGAAGAAGAAGAUUUCUCCUUCCCUCUUCUUCUUGGCAAAAUAAAAAAAAAGAAAAAAGGGAAAAAUAUAUAUAUAUAUAUAUAUAUAUAUAUAUAUAUAUAUACAUAUAGAAAGAGAAAAAAAAAUGGGAUCGAAGAAGAUGAUGAUCUUUGUGGUGGGGGCAUUGUUGGUAUGCCUGUCUGCGACAGGGGUAUUGGCAGAGGAUCCUUAUGUAUUCCUGGAAUGGAAAGUGACUUACGGCACUAUCUCGCCACUUGGUGUUCCACAACAGGGCAUCCUGAUCAACGGCCAAUUCCCUGGUCCUAAGAUAAACUGCACCUCCAACAACAACAUUGUGGUCAAUGUGUUCAACCACCUUGACGAGCCUUUAUUAUUCACAUGGACAGGCAUUCAGCAAAGGAAAAACUCUUGGAUGGAUGGCACCCUCGGCACCAUGUGCCCCAUUUUGCCCGGACAGAAUUUCACCUAUAAGUUCCAGGUGAAGGAUCAGAUAGGCAGCUAUUUCUACUUCCCUACUACCGCCUUCCACAGGGCAGCUGGUGGUAUGGGUAUGCUCCAAAUCCACAGCCGUGAUCUCAUCCCUGUCCCAUUCGAUACUCCUGCUGACGAGUUUGCUGUUCUCCUCGGUGAUUGGUACAACAAGGGCCAUAAGACCCUCAAGAAGAUUCUUGACAGUGGUGCCACCAUUGGCUUGCCCAACGGCAUUCACAUCAAUGGACAAUCUGGCAAGGUUGGCUCUGCUCCUCUGACCCCACUCGCCAUUGUCGAGCCAGGCAAGACCUACAGGUACAGAGUCUGCAAUGUCGGUUUGAGGACCUCCAUCAACUUCAGAUUCCAGAGCCAUAUCAUGAAAUUAGUUGAAGUUGAAGGAUCUCACACUGUCCAGAAUGUUUACGACUCUCUUGAUCUCCACGCUGGUCAGUGCGUCUCAGUGCUUGUCACAGCUGAUCAGGCCCCCAAGGACUACUACCUUGUUGCCUCUAGUAGGUUUUCCAAAAAGCCUCUGAGCUCCGUGGCCAUCAUCCGCUACGCCAACGGCAAGGGUGCCCCUGCAUCACCCGAGCUGCCACCACCCCCUCCUGAGAACACUGCUGGUAUUGCAUGGUCCGUCAACCAAUUCCGCUCUUACAGGUGGAACCUCACGGCAAGUGCUGCCCGCCCCAACCCACAAGGCUCGUACCACUACGGCAAAAUCAAUAUCACACGCACCAUCAAGAUUGCCAACUCACGCUACCAGGUCAACGGCAAGCUCAGGUUCGGCAUCAACGGAGUGUCCCAUAUUGAGAGUGAGACACCAUUGAAGCUGGCAGAGUACUUUGGACUGGCCGACAAGGCAUUCAACUAUGAUCUGGUUAAGGACGAGCCAUCUAAUGAUAAAAAAGUUGUUUUGGCACCAAGCGUGGUGAACGCAACUUUUAGGAACUUUGUUGAGAUCAUAUUCGAGAACAAUGAGAACACUAUCCAGACAUGGCACUUGGAUGGAUACUCAUUCUUUGCAGUAGCUAUAGAGGCCGGAAAGUGGAACCCGGAGAAGAGGAAGAACUACAACCUGUUGGAUGCAGUGAGCAGGCACACCAUUCACGUGUACCCAAAAUCAUGGGCAGCAGUGAUGACCACACUGGACAACGCAGGAAUGUGGAACCUGAGAUCGGAUAUGGCUGAGAGAGCUUACUUGGGACAACAACUAUACUUCAGCGUACUAUCUCCGGCUCGAUCACUGAGGGAUGAGUACAACAUUCCACUCACUCAGCAGCUCUGUGGCAUCGUCCAGAAUUUGCCCAAGCCUACUCCAUACUCUUGAACACAUCCACAUCCAUCCAUAGUUGUUACAUCAAUCAUCUCCUAUAUAUAUAUAUAUAUGUUUGUGUGUGUGUAACUUUUUAUCUUUAUUAUUUUAGCACCAUAAAUUGUGGAUUCAUGAUGAAUCCAUGAAAGUUAUUGUUGUUCGUGAGGAUGUAAUAAUAAUAAUAAUAACUGAGCUUGGUUUUAAGUUUUUACUAAAUUCCCUCCAACCAUCAUGCCAUUUCCCAAAGUUUCUUUUCUAAUGCAUAUUUUUGCACUCUACUUCCUGUUUGGCGUUUCAUAUCAAGAAAACCAAUGAAUCCCCGAAAACAGAAACCAAAACCUCAGUUUCA